AUGGGCGUUUUCUCUUUUGCCAGGCCAAGCGACGAUGUGCGUGUUGUGUGGAAUUACUCUUUCCGCUGGACCGAAGACCACAUCCCCAAGGACAAGACCGAGCACCUACGGCAAACUUACGACAAGGUCGGCGCGGCAGCAGUCGCCAGAAUCCAGGAGAUCCAUCAACAGGCCCUCAUCGAGAAAUCAGGCAAUGCGGAACACCUGUUCAAGCUUGACCUGUUCGCCGUCCUCCAAGAACACCACGAAAAAGAUGAAGCACUGGGCCAGCUGUGGGAUGAGGUGUAUACCGUCCCGGAUUGGGUCGACUGGGAGCAAAUUGCGCGCGGCCAGAAGUUCUUCUACCGUUAUGCGCUGGCGAACCUGAUGGGCUUCGCCCUGCAGGGCUUCGUUGGCGAGAACUCGGCGUCCGGAGGCGUCGUCGAGGUCCUGGUGCGCACCGGCGGCUUCAGGACCAGCGUGCUCUUCCGGAGGCUCCUUGAGACCUUCCAGAUGCUCCUCGAGGUCACUGACAGCCUCGAAUACGUUCAACCUGGGGGCCGUGGGCACACAACGGCCGUCCGUGUGCGUCUCCUGCACUGCAUGGUACGUCAGCGCAUCCUCAAGAUCGUCCAGCACAAAGGCCCAUCGUAUUACGACGUCGAGGCGUAUGGCGUCCCCAUCAACACGCUGGACUCGUUACACGCCCUGACGACAUUCUGCUGCAACCAUGCCUUCAUUCAGUUGCCCCUCAUGGGCAUAUCCGUGCCUCAACAAGAAAUCGAAGACUACGUCGCGCUGUGGCGGUACCUUGGCCACGUGCUCGGCACGCCGACGGACCAUUUCACGUCGGCAGCGAAGGCGAAGAUUCUGAUGGACAGCAUGAGCUUCAACGAGCGUCUUGUAACGGACAUGUCACUCGUGGCCGGCCACAACUUUGUGGAGACGGUGCGCGACGUGCCGCCGGUGAAUCUCUCGGCCGGGUUCAUCGAGGCCGGCAGCAGGGUGCUCAACGGCGACGCACUCUGCGACCAGCUUGGCAUGGGGCGGCCGGGCGUGUACCAUUACGCCUGCUUCCGGGGCUUUUGCUGGCUGGUGCGGACCCUCGCGAUGGCGCAGCGGUGGUUCCCACGGUUCGAUGAGAAGGUUGUCGACUACAACAGAGAGAUGCUCCACAAGGCCAUCAUUCAGAGCCAGGGCGGCCUCGGGGGCGGAACCAAGAUGGAGUUCAAGCAUGUGCCUGACGGAACCCUCACGAAAAAGGAGGAUAGACUCGGCAAGAUCGCGCAGCUGCGGUUCUACGAGCGGCCGCUUGACCUGGCUUGCUUCGUUUACUUCGUUCUAGGAUCUCUUUUCGUCGCUGGCGGACUGACUGUGGCUGUUAAAGUAGCGAUAAAGCUCGUUGCAUCAGUCCAUUACCACACAUUGGUCUAA